AUUAGAAAUAAUUCAAAUUUCAACUGUUCAUACACCGCGUCGAAUGGCAGUCUAUCUCAGCUCUGACGCUUCUUUUAAGUUUUGUGUGAUAGAUAUCGAUCCCCUUCAAUUCAAAUCUUUGGAACUCCAUCUUAAUUGCUUUCUCUUUCAAUUCUCUUAAUUUGAUCAUCACAUAUAUAUAUAUAUAUAUAUAAUGGCUCAGGUGAAACAGUUUGGCCACCUCAAAAUCCCAUUACAAAGUAUAAAUUCAGCAACCAACAAUUUUGCUAAAGAAUAUUUGAUUGGCCAAGGCGGAUUCGGCAAAGUUUAUAAGGGGGUAAUCGACCAUUCCACGGGCCAACACGCCAACGUUGCUUUGAAGCGUUUAGAUCGUGUGUUUGGGCAAGGUGAUCCCGAGUUUUGGAAGGAGAUUAUGUUGCUUUCCUUAUACAGACAUGAAAAUAUAGUCUCUCUCUUAGGAUAUUGUGACGAUUCGGGCGAGAAGAUCCUCGUGUACGAGUAUGCAUCUAAGAAAAGCCUCGACUUUUAUAUCAACAAAAAGGAACUAACUUGGGUUCAACGUCUUCGGAUAUGUUUAGGGGCGGCACGUGGACUGGCAUACCUACAUGCUCCUACAGAUACCCAGCUUAGAGUAUUGCAUCGCGAUAUUAAAAGUUCUAAUAUAUUAUUAGACGACAAUUGGAAUGCCAAAAUCUCGGAUUUUGGUCUCUCCAAAUUUGCCCCUGUAAACAAAGAUUUCACAUAUCUUAUCUCGAACGCUGUUGGCACUCUUGGUUAUUGUGAUCCGCUCUAUGUAGAGACAGGUUUGUUAACGAAAGAGUCAGAUAUUUACUCUUUUGGUGUAGUGUUGUUUGAGGUAUUAUGUGGGAGGCUCUGUAUUGGCAGUAACUAUGGAGAUCAUCAGUCUUUUGUGGGAUUUGUACGAAAAUGCUAUGAAGAAAACAAAAUAAAAGAAAUUGUUUUUGGCGGUAUAAAGGAUGAAAUAAAUCAUCAUUCUUUGGAGGAGUAUACGAAAAUAGCUUAUCAGUGUUUAAUGAGAAACCGUGAAGAACGUCCUUUGAUGGACGACAUCCUCAAAGCACUUGAAAGCGCACUUAGAUGUCAAUGCUCAAAUGCUGGUGUGGGUAGUACACAAACUCGCAUUUAUGGAAUCCUGAAUGUAAAAGUACUAAAUGGAUUGGAGCUUAAUAUUGAAAAUCCUUAUGUGAUGCUCAAACGAUUCACAUAUAGCCUUACAUCUACGAAGAAAACCGCCAUUAGAUACGGCUACAAGAAGAAAGGGGAUCCGUAUUGGAAUGAAGAAUUCACUCUGUAUGUUGACGAUCCACGUAGGAGUCAAGAGCUACAAAUAUUUGUUUGUAACUCAUUGACAUAUAAACAAAAAGAAAUUCAUGAGAUACUCGGAAUGACCAGAUUACACUUAACCAACUUCACUUCUGAAAAUCCAGAGCCUCAAGAAAUUAGGCUCUGUAAAGUUAACAGAUAUUGCUCGGAAGAUCACACAGAGGGCUACUUACAAGGGAAAAUCAUGGUGAAAGUGAUGUACAAACCGUGCGCAUAUUACACUAACUUUGAAGAUGUUUGUCCACUGCAAAAGGCUCCAACAGGGACUCCUCGAAACGGAGGAUUGUUUGUCGUUAUUAUCCAUGAAGCCGUGAACCUUAAAUCAAAGCAUCACUACAAUCCUUAUGUUUCGUUGCUAUUCCAAGGCAAAUCAAGAAAAACUAUGGCGAUAAAUAAGGCAAAGUCUCCGUUAUGGCGGGAGGAGUUUGCGUUCUAUUUGGAACAGCCACCGACGGACGAAACACUGUAUUUGGAAGUCAUUAGUACUCCUUGGAUGCCUAUAAUACAUCGAAAGGAAGAAUCAAUGGGAUAUGUUGAUAUAAAGGUUGUUGAUGCUGUAAAAAAUAGACGGAUCAUCAACAUUUAUGACCUUCAAAAAGGAAAACAUGGUCGGGUUAGAGUGGAGUUGCAAUGGAGAACGCCUGAGUAACAGUCAUUGAUGGCAGCCACGUUUAUAAGAAUAACAAGUAGAAGCAAGAGCCACUGACCCAUAAGGCGCCAGGUUAUGUUCGAUCUUCCAUAAGGCAUGACGUUAUGUCAAACAUCAUCAUACCAGCGCUUCACUCAUCACAACAUAGUCUAAAAGUUUGACUAUUUUCAUUCAUGUUGGAUAGGGUAAAUUGGCGAAACAAGUUCGCUGAACUCAAGUUCGCUGAACUCAAGUUGAACUUGGGUAACACUGCCUAUAGAUGUUCUUGAAAUGGUGUAUUAUGUUCCAAAUGAUCAACACAGAUUUUUAUUCGCCAAGUAGCUAAGCAAAGACUUUUGAUUUGUUUCCAAAAGUGUAUUUAACAGAUUAAACUCCGUAAUAGGGAGUUUCAUUUACAAGUCAUACAGAGUGAAGGUUAUUUUUCA